AUGCUCACUGGUAAUUGCGCUACGAAAAGGACGACCGUGAUCGAAAAGGUCGCGGAGAUUAAGACAGACGUGGUACAUACCACUGACACCGAGCUAGGCCUCUCCGGCAAGGAACAUGUUGUUCUCAGCAUUUCAGGCAUGACAUGUACCGGAUGUGAAACCAAGCUUUCGCGGACGUUGAAGACACUGCCGUCCGUCACGAAACUGAAGACAAGUCUGGUGCUGUCGAGGGCCGAAUUCGUUUUGGACGUAGGCCUGCAGUCAGUUGAUGGAGUAAUAAGACACUUGGAACGAACAACCGAGUUCAAAUGCGAGCGCAUCACAAACCGCGGUUCUAGUCUCGACCUGGUUUGCGCCGGGUAUGCCGAGGAGGUUAGCAAGGGCGAUUGGCCGAGCGGUGUAAUCGAAAUACGGGCUGUUGACAAAAAGACAGUACGCGUCGAUUUCGAUGCGGAAGUUGUUGGCGCGCGGGACCUUGUCCAGAACGGUUGGCCACAUCCCAUGGAACUAGCACCGCUCAGUGUUGAUCCUACUCUGGAUGCUGGUGCCCGACAUGUCCGUCAUGUAGGAUACAUGACCUUGUUAUCCAUCGUCCUCACGAUACCCGUAUUAGUUCUAUCAUGGGCGCCAUUGCCGAACAAGGAACAGAAGGAAAUACGUUUUGCAACUGUUUCGUUGGUACUCGCCACCCUGGUCCAAGUCAUUGUUGCCGGACCAUUCUAUCCGAAAGCCCUUAAAGCCUUGAUCUUCUCGCGAGUAAUAGAGAUGGAUCUUCUCAUCGUCUUGAGCACGACUGCUGCAUACGUUUUCUCAGUUGUGGCCUUUGGGUACCUCGUCACUCAUCAACCGCUAUCGACCGGUCAAUUCUUCGAGACCAGUACGUUGCUGGUUACCCUCAUUAUGGUCGGUCGGUUCAUCGCAGCCUUGGCCCGCCAAAAAGCUGUGGAAUCGAUAUCUAUCCGAUCGCUACAAACCUCUUCUACGACCCUUGUCCUGGCAAAUGGAGAUGAAGCAGACAUCGAUACGAGACUUUUUCAGUAUGGCGAUGUCUUCAAAGUCUCCCCGGAGUGUCGCAUCCCUACUGAUGGAACGGUUCUAUCAGGUGCCUCGGAGAUCGACGAAUCAAUGCUUACUGGGGAGUCCAGACCCGUCGUAAAGUCAAAAGGAUCUCAAGUCAUUGCCGGAUCCAUCAAUAGAUCAGGAGUACUCACCGUAAAACUCACUCGCAUCCCUGGAGAUAACACUAUCAGCACAAUCGCCAGUAUGGUUGAUGAAGCCAAGCUGACGAAGCCAAAGAUUCAGGCGAUCGCUGACCAGGUAGCUACGUACUUCGUACCUGUAGUUGUAUCUCUCACCAUCAUCGUCUUCUGUAUCUGGCUCGCUAUUGGUAUCACGGUCCAGAAGAAGUCGGGAUCAGAGGCGACAAUUCAGUCUAUCACGUACGCGAUCACCGUCCUGAUCGUAUCUUGUCCGUGUGCCAUUGGCCUUGCAGUACCGAUGGUAAUAGUAGUUGCCACCGGCGUGGCUUCCGAGAAGGGUGUCGUCUUCAGGUCUGCAGAUGCAAUCGAAAUCGCGUGGAAGACUAGUGAUGUGGUUUUUGACAAGACGGGUACCCUCACCCAAGGAAAACUCUCAGUUGCUGAGAGCGAGAGCCUCAAUCCGUCAGUCGGUACCAAAGCCCUUCUCUUAGGUCUUGUUAAAGACAGCAAACAUCCGGUUUCUGUUGCUGUUACGACCCAUCUCAAAUCACAAGGUGUGUCUGCCACGGCAAUUUCGACUCCGAAGAAUGUAGUCGGCAAAGGUGUCGAAGGUGCCUUCGUCGGUCGCACACUCCGCGCAGGUAAUUCCACAUGGCUGGGACUCACAGAUCAUCCUUCUGUCCAACCAGUCCUCUCUCGAGGCUACACGGCUUUCUGCUUCGCCAUAAACGGCGAAUUGGCGGCUGUAUUUGGCCUUCAAGAUGCGCUGCGAGAGGAUGCGCUCACCACGGUGGCCAAGCUCCAAGAACGCAACAUCGCGGUCCAUGUACUCUCAGGUGAUGACGACGGCGCUGUCCGCGCGGUCACAGCCCGGCUCAGUAUCCCCUCUGCCAACGUCCGAUCACGCUGUACCCCGGCAGAGAAACAAGCCUACAUCAAAGGCCUCCUCUCCACAAUUGACACACGCGGGUCCAAGAAGAAGCAAAGCCAACCCAUCGUCAUGUUCUGCGGAGACGGAACGAACGACGCAGUCGCGCUCGCCCAAGCCUCCAUCGGCGUCCACAUGAGCGGCGGAACCGACGUGGCCAAAUCCGCGGCAGACAUUGUGCUCAUGCGUCCAAGCCUGGCUGGCAUUCUCGUUGCCAUGGCUGUCAGUCGCAAAUCAAUGCACCGUAUCGCGUUCAAUUUUGGGUGGAGCUUCGUGUACAACUUGUUUGCAAUUCUACUUGCGGCGGGUGCUUUCGUGCAUGCGAGGAUCCCGCCCGAGUUUGCGGGGCUGGGUGAGCUGGUGAGCGUGCUGCCAGUGGUUGCCGCUGGGAUACUCCUCAAGUGGGUGAAGAUCUAG